UUUACGGAACUUGAGCGCGUAGAACAUCUCAAGGUACCGCCUGAUUUCCCGCCGAUCGAGCUUCGACACGUAUUUCCAAAAACCGUACACUCCGGCCAGCCCCGACUUCCCGUGCACGAUGAUCUCCGCGGGCCCGCCGUGCACGGUGGCGAAGGUCGGGAGCCCGCACGUCAUGGCCUCGACCACCGUGAGCCCGAACGCCUCGUAAAACGCAGGUUGGACAAAAGCGCCCCUGGUGUCGGCUACGCAGCGGUAGAGCUCUCCGUUGCGCAGCCGGUUCAUCUGGGACGAGAUCCACCUGAACUGACCGUUCAGGUGGUGGGUCUCGAUCAGGUCGUACAUUUUCUUCAUCUCGGCUCGUUCCUCGAGGUCUUUCGACUCCUUGCGGCGGUCACCGCCGACCACGACGAGGUUGACGAGGUCGCGGAGGCGGGGGCAGUUGGCGUAGAGCUCGACGAGGCCGGUGAGGUUCUUGACGCGGUCGAGACGGGCCAUGCCGCCAACCGAGAUUGCGUCCCAUUGCGCGGGGUCCGCCUCGCACUUCUCGAAGAAAUCGACCAAUACACCCGCGACCUCCUCCCCAUUGUACGGGUCGACGUGAAAGCCCGACUUCCUGUGCACGAUAAUCUCGGCGGGCCCGCCGUGCACGGUGGCGAAAUUCGGGAGCCCGCACGUCAUGGAAGCAAGGAAGCUGAAAAUAAACAUUUGCCUUAA